AAAGGCGGAGCCCCCCUCCUUCUGUCCAUUAACAAAAAAACGGGCUCUACGUGCAAUACGUGCCUCGCGCAACUAUUCACAACAAUUGAUUCAUCAGCUGCGUCUUCCACCGUGUUUUUCUAGUUCUGCUCUGUGCUGACUGGAUUUCAGUGUUGCGAGAUUUACUCUAGGCGGCGUCUGUAAAUUCGCUGUCCAGGACGGAUUAAUGUCCAACUAUAAAAUGAUCAAGAGUUCAACUUAUGAGAAUGAGAUUUGUGGGGCUCGUCGCUUGCCUCUCAGCCGUGGGGGAGGGUAUCUCAAAGGGAUAACAACGGUAACCAGGCAGGAUACUGCGCUGAGGACGUGAGCUAAAACCUCAUUGGCUAAGAAAUCAGAUGGACGGGGCUAGCGUGCGUAGGUAUUUAAAGCUUUGUCCCAUUGUUAGAGAGUGUGUUUCCCAGCUGAUCCGACUCAGGAGCAGGAGAAGGACCAUCUGUGACAGCCACCAUCGCACUUCUUUCUUUUUGCUCUUUUUUUUCUUGUUCUUUUGGGAAUAAGGCAUUUGUUUUAUAAAUGUCUUUUUCUUCCAACCAAAAGGGCAGGAGCUCCCAGAGGCUGUCCUGGAGCAACCUGCUGCAGAAGCUGACUGAGCUGAAGGGGCUCAAUCAGAGGCCCUCAGCAGGAUCUGUGGCAGACCUAUCCCUGUCGGAGUCCGACAGUAGCUUCUUCUGUUACCCCCUCGAGGAGACCUUGGCUGCAGAGGUGGUGGGCACAAUCACACGAAGCCUUAAUAAUGCGUCACCCAUCCUGUGCUGCUCCAAACUCAUCCAACCCGACCGUCUAAUGUACAACAUCAGCCGAGAGCUGCUCCAUCUGGCAGUCAAUGAGCCCUGCGGACUGAGGGGGGCCAUGAUCGACCUGUGUGUGGAAAGGGGGGAUCAGGGAUUGUUGUGCACUGUGGAUCAAAUAGCAGUAGAUGCCAGCCUGGUCCCGACCUUCCAUGUGACCCUGGUUCUGAGGCUCGAGUCCGGAGGACUGUGGCCCAGGGUGAAGAAGCUCUUCAAAGGUGGAAAGCCUCCGUCGGCAAUGUCUCUGAGGCACCACAAAACCCUGAGGCUGAGCAGGAGUUUCAGGGCCAUCAAGAGGAAACUGUACAGCUCAGAACUGCUGAUUGAAGAAUGCCGCUAACCCAAGAGCACUUAUGUGCCUUUCUAGACGAACUGAACUGCUUUUAAUCCACCUUUACUGCAGAUUCACUUAAAAAGACCCAACAACUUUAAUUGCACUGACAUCAAGGUCCUAAAACAAUUGUAAUAUGUGGUAAAUCGAAGGACCAAACUAUCUCAUGGCAGCUACUCGCCUGAUUGCAGGUGUCUGAACACGAGUCCUUUUUCUUUUAUAUGAAUGUGGAUUUCCACUUUUUAAAGGGAAUGUGUCUUCUAGUAUUACAUAUUACCUGCCUGAAACUGUUUUGUAUCUUAAAAGAUUAUGAGAGAAUAAAUUAUUUUCCUUUA